CAGUGCCAGUCUGUUGCUCUCUUGCUUGUUAGAUGGGCCGUUGCAGUUCUCAAACCUGAAUACACAAUGACCAAAAGGAAGAGCCCUGAACUUCUGGAACAACUUGUCCUCAGGAAGAUUUGCAAGAUAAUAGGCUACUGGGUUAUGGAAUGGACUCAUACACUGCUCUUCGCUGACGGACUUGCACAUAGCGACAGAUUACCAAUGAUUCAGUCUGUUCUGGGCCAGUGCGUUCAACUGCGACAAGUGUUAGCAUCGCUACCAGUGCCUUUCGGCAGACCACUAAGUGUACAAGCCGUUGAAAUUGUUGCCAUCAUUAUGAAGGCGUACAAUAUCGCAGAUCGCUUCCGCCAUGGUAGACCUGUGACGACUUGCCGGCGUCGAUAUGAAGAAGUUUGUCUCUUUAUAAUUAAUACAAUGUGGCUUCCUUGCGUAGUAGAGUGUAAUGUCAAUAACGUCGCAUGUACAUUCGUUCAGGAAUUACUGUCGAAAUUGCUUAAAUAUUAUCCAAAUAUCACUCAUUUGGUUCUUCCACAUGAAAAGAAUAUUGAAAUGUCUCGGUAUGUUUUGAGUAAUCUUCGCAGGCUGACAGAGUUGCUAGAUUUAAAAUUUCAGUUCGUAUGCACGACAGAAAUUGUGAUCGAGUUGGGAAAACAUUGCAAAUUGCUCAGAUCACUCGACAUCGCUGAAUCCAAAUCAGUUACCGAUGACUGUGUCGAGUAUUUAAUGAAUCUGCAGAGUUUAGAGGUACUCAGGAUUAAUGGAACGAGCAUUUCGGAGGCAUGUUAUGCUCUGAUCCUUUCAAGUUUGCCACGAGUCCAGAAUAUAACUUGGUGGGAUUCUGUUGAACGCAUAUUACAAAACGUUACAAAAGAAUGUCUGCCUUCAGUAAAUGACUUUCUUGGUACAGUUUCAGACUCAUCCUUCUUGGCAAAAAUGUGUCCACGUAUCAAGCGCUUAUCAAUCAGGUUACUGAAUGGCAAUUCUUUGGAACUAAGUCGCCUAACUGAUGUAAAGUUUUUGGGUUUCGUAAAAUGCGAUUAUAAUAUUAACAUAUUGAGCAUUGUGGUUGAAAAUAUUGGUUUUAGACUUACAUAUUUAGAAAUGUUCUGGGUCGAAAAUAUUAUUUUUAGUCAAAUAUUUACGUGCUGCACUGUUUUAAAGAAACUUGUGCUCAGAUUUUCUGAAGUUAUACUGCACGAUAAUGAAAUAUUUUCUCCGGAAUUGCCACAUUUUAAAAGCGUGGCAGAAAUAAUACUUCUGAGCAACACAGGUUUGAAUAAUUUUCGUAAACACCUGCACCAUUAUGUUAAUUUGAAAAUUUUACGUACCUCGUGGUUUGAAGCACUGGAAGAUGAUACUGUGUCUGAAAUUCUAAAUGCCGGCGGCUUUAAAAAACUCUCAUGUAUUCUUCUCGGUUUUUGUGGACCCCUCACUUUGCAGACGGCUAAUUUACUGAUAACGAGGUGCGACGAUUUGAGUGUUAUCGGGAAUCUCAACACUUGGUCUGGUGUCAGUGAAGAAGAUAAGAGUGCACUGUUUGAUUUUGUGAAUAGAAAUAACCUGGAACUAACUGUAAUAUUGGAUUAAUAUGUCAAUUACUUUAACAAUUUUAUACAGAAAAUCAAUUUCACGGUGAGGAAUACUAUUUUUUAUAUUCCCGGAUAAAUAUUUUAAUAAUUUAUGAUCGGUAUAAUAUCACGGGGUACGUCAGACAGUAUUUGUACGUGAAAAAUGAAGUUACUGUUUUGUAUAUGACAAUGAUAAACAAAUGAAAUAAACUGCCACGUUUUAAUAAGUUUCCUGGUUUAGUAUUUUCUUGCUUAGUGGUGGAUUGUUGUAAACACUGCAAAUAAUACUAAUUGGAAAGGA